UGGCAACACUCCGCCUCGCAAGUUAGUUAUGCAAAGGUGGAUUUUGUUGUUUUUAAUAUAUUUGUGACUGAAAUGCAAUCUUUAUUAUCGUCAAUACGGGCUCUAGCGGUGCGGCAGCAUCCCGGCGAUGCCCUGAGGUGUUUGCACCUAACUGCAGUCACGGAAGCGGCUCGUAAGGGAACUCGAGAAAAGGCACGCAAGAAGAAGGUUAAGGUGGAAGUGAAGAAGGUGGGAUUUAUUCCGCACAAUCAGCGCGACAAUAAGAUUAAUGUAAAACGGGCCGACAAGCAUGUGGACGAUUCGUGGAAACAGGUGCCCAAAGACGAUGUCUAUGUGGGGCGAUAUUACCGGUGGACUGUCUACUCUGUAGCCGAAGCAAUCCAGUGCCAUCGUGAGACACAUCAUCCGAGCAUGUACAAUGUGCCCAAUGCGCCGCUAAAUGUGGAAAUCGAAUUGAACAUGCAGGGUGAGAAGGCUACCCGCUUUGUGGAUAACUUUCAGCGCAUGGCUAUGAUUCCACACAAGUUUGCCCAUGGCGAGGAGCGCAAGAUCAUUGUGUUCACCAAGGGCAAUAACGAAAUUAUUGAAGCACGUGAAGCAGGAGCCUCGCUUGUUGGCGGUGUAGAGCUUAUCAAGGACAUCACAGCUGGUGAACUAUUGCUGUCCGACUAUCAGUACUUUAUUGCGCAUCCCAAUAUCCUUGCUGAACUGAUAGCCCUACGUGGUCUAAUGAAACGCAAGUUUCCCAAUCCCAAAAGCGAAACUCUCGGCACAAAUCUGGCCGAGAUGAUUACUAAGUUCUCCAAUGGCAUUAGUUACAGUGCAUCAAAAGAUGAAUACCAACAGAACUUUGGACUAAUCUCCGCUUGCGUUGGCACUUUGGACAUGGAUGGCCAACAAUUGGAGGAGAAUAUACGUUAUCUCCUGCAAGAUGUGGACACAAUGAGACCCAAACGUGAAGGACGUUUCAUAAAUCGUGUCCUGCUCAAGAGUCCUCCCAGCAGCGAGCAGCUUAAAAUUGAUCCCUUUGUCUAUGUGCCCGAGCUGUGGGAUAAGAGUACGAUGAAGCCAAAACGUGAACCCAGUGGCAAGAAAGUAGAGGCGGAGGAACAAGAUCAAGCAGUGGCUCAACAGGCUUCGAAUUAGCGAAAAUGGUUAAAUAUAUAUUUGUAUUGUUGAUGGA